AUGGACGCGAGCGAGCUCGGAAGGUGGACUCGCUUUGCUGCAAAAGGCGGGAUUGGGAAAUGUACGGCACUGCAGGACUGCAUUGCCGAGCAGGCGGAGGAUUUGAUGUUCAUGAAGGACGACGAGAUCACAGUGCUCAUGCAAGUCCCGAGCAAGGCGGACACCUACCUCGGCUACUGCGAGGGCGUGGUGGGCAACUUCGUGGCCGAUGCUGUCCGCUUUCAUGGCCGCCUCAAGAAACCCGUCCUCACAAAACGGCAGUCCGCCAUGUCCUCC